UUCAGCUGAGAGCCUCCUGUCUUCGAACUGAGCAGCAGAAAUGGCGCUAAAUGGUAAAAUCGCAGUUGUGACUGGAGCAGCGAUGGGGAUAGGAAAAGCAAUAACGGAGAUACUCAUGCAAAACGGUGCCAAGGUUGCUCUCCUGGAUGUGAAUAAAACUGCAGGAGAUAGUUUAAAAGAAGCCCUCGACAAACAAUAUGGACAAGAGAAAACUAUGUUCCUGUGCUGUAAUGUGGAAUCAGAGGAGCAGAUCAAAGCUGCCUUUCAGAAAACCGCAGAAACCUUCGGCAAAAUAGACAUCCUGUGCAACAACGCUGGCAUGUUGAAUGAGAGCACAUGGGAGAAAACUAUCUCCAUAAACCUCGUGGGUGUUAUCAGGGGGACUUACCUGGCUCUGGAGCACAUGAGCAAGUUGAGUGGAGGUCAGGGAGGGGUCAUCAUCAACACUGCAUCCAUGGCAGGUCUCGGUCCUCUACCAAGCUGUCCUGUCUAUACAGCCACUAAGCACGGAGUGGUCGGCUUCACUCGAGCCAUGGCGGCGGCCUCUACCGCAUCAGGUUACGGUAUACGGUUCAACUCUCUUUGCCCAAGUUUUGUCCAAACUGACCUCUUCACCACUACUAAAUCCAAUCUGGGGCAAUUCUCCAACCUGGCUGAUAUGACCCAACUCAUCAUAGACAAGCUUGGGAUGUUAAAUAUGUCUGAGGUAGCAGAGUCAGUCCUGGAGCUGGUGACAGACGAGACGAAGAAUGGAGAAGCCUUACUGGUGAUGCCUAAAAGAAAACAAUACAUGACUUUUCCUUCAAUCAUUUAGAAGCUCUCUGCAAUUAAAUGCACAACUUCCUCUUCCAGUACUGGGUUUGUGAUCAAAACUGCAAUGUUUCUCAGUUCUUGAAUGAGCAUAAUAAAAACAAAAU